CUUCGUUUCGCUUUCUGCUCCGGAUCUCGUUUUCUUCGGCUCCGGGCUGGGUUGGAAGAUGCUGCCUCGGUUCCGCCUCUCCUGCGGGCUCCUCUUGGUUGCCCUGCUCGCUUUUGCUCACGCAGGCAAACUUUUCUGGCUCUUCCGCCAGCAUGUCGAGCAGCAGCGGGAGAAACAAACCGUGAAAGAAGUCCAGAUUCGCUGGCAGCUGCACAGCCAAAGACCAGCGAUGCUAAACAGGAUCCCGGUUGAGGCGGGGCGCAUCCCCCAGCCUCUGGACCACUUCAACCGGCAGGACAGACGUGUCUUUAACCAGCGCUACUGGAUUAAUGAGCAAUUGUGGCAACGUCCCACCGGCCCCGUUUUCCUCUACAUUGGAGGGGAAUCCACCCUCUCGCCGUUCUCCGUGUUGGCCGGACAUCAUGUAGGUUUAGCCGAGAAGUACAAAGCCAUGGUGGUGUCUUUGGAGCAUCGCUUCUACGGGACCAGCCUUAACCCUGAUAGUUUGCAGGAUGAAAACCUUCAGUUCUUGUCUAGCCAGCAAGCUCUGUCUGAUCUGGUUGCCUUCCGCCAUUUUAUCACCCAGAAGUACAACUUGAGAGCGAAUCACACCUGGAUCUGCUUUGGAGGCUCAUAUCCUGGUUCCUUGGCCGCCUGGUUUAGGCUUAAGUUUCCCCACUUGGUCUUCGCUGCCGUCGCGUCUUCUGCUCCAGUUCGAGCCGAGAUGGAUUUCACAGGCUACAACAAGGUUGUCGCUGCGAGUCUCUCAAAUCCAGUGGUCGGAGGUUCCACAGAGUGCCUGCAAAGAGUGAGAGAGGCCUUCGCUUCCGUGGACAGCAUGGUGCGUGCCGGGUGGCUGGCAAAACUCGGCAUAGAUUUUCACUCCUGCAGCCCGUUGCAAGGGGACAGGGACUGCCAAGCGUUGGUCACCAACCUGGCCGACAUCUUCAUGGGAGUCGUGCAGUACAACAAUGCCAUAAUCCCAUGGAGCAGCGUGAGAAGCAUCUGCAGCAUCAUGACCAACAGCAGCAUCGGCUCCCCGUAUCGGAGACUCAUUGUCACCAAUCUCCUAAUUCUGGACCAGAACGGCAUGCCGUGUUUGGAGAACUCUCACGAGGAAAUUCUAGAGGAAUUACGCAAUACCAGCAUUGGGACGUCGGGUAUAGGUAUAAGACAGUGGUACUUCCAGACCUGCACGGAAUUUGGCUAUUACCAGACCUGCGAGGACUCACACUGCCCCUUCUCUCCCCGAAUGAACUUGGCCUACCAGUUAGAUAUCUGCGCUCAAGUCUUCAACAUCUCCUAUCGCAACGUGAGCGAAGCCGUGUCUUUCACCAACGACUAUUACGGGGCCGACCAUCCCAAAGCCAGCCAAGUCCUUUUCGUUAACGGCGACAUUGAUCCUUGGCAUGCGCUGAGCGUCCUCACGAACGAGUCCGCUUCAGAACCGGCCAUUUUAAUCAAUGGCACUUCGCACUGUGCCAACAUGGGCUCACCCUCAGCCAGCGACCCUUGGCCCCUCAUCCAGGCCAGAAAGCAAAUUACCUCCUGGGUUGGCAAAUGGCUGAAUUUAGCAAAAAAUCACUGAAACACCCAAGAAAGAAAGAAAAAGACGCUGGGGAGCGUUUUGUGUAGCUAGAGACACGAAGCAAAGCUGUUUGGACUCUUCUUCACGUACAGACUUUUACAAAAUCCCUUCGCCACACACCAAAGCUACCUCUUUCGCCACUGUGGCUUGCUUUUUAACAUUGUUUUUUUUAACGCGCUGCUUCCCAAUUGCACAUUUUUUUAAAAUGAAGAUUUGAUGAGGCCCGUUGAUCUCGGCUGACUCAGCCUGCGGCACGAAGCCUUCCUUCGAAUCAUGUGAACCCGGCCUCUUGGGACAUAACCUACAUUUAUAACAA